UUCGCUUUCUUAUCAUUAGAAAUCACUGCGUUCCUCCUUCUCCUGCGUUUAUCACUACUGACAGCUGCUGAUCGGAGUCAGGAUUAUGACGCGACUCUUAUACUUCUAGGGGUAUCCACAUUUCAACGAGCAAUCACUGUUAAAGAACGUCAAUUAAUCGACAUGAAUAAUAAGAAAGCCGUUGCGGAAGAAAACGUGCAGACAUUGGAAGACCGCUUGGAAGCACAGGCCAGAGAAACGGGCAAAAGUAUCACUAAGUGUAAGUCAACGAAUUUAAUCAACAUUGAGAAAUAAUCCUUCUUUUAGUUGUGAGUUGUCUAUUCAAUAUUUCUACAUACUACUACGAACCGGAAAUAUACAGAAGUACGUGAAAUAUUUGUUAUUCCUCUUCAACCUGAAAACAAAAUGACUAGACUAUCGAAAUCUCUCGUUAAAUAGACUUCGAAUCAACGCCACUACUGAAUAUCACACAGUCAUGUGAAGGCCAACAUUCAGUUUUUUAAACAAUUUGUCUGAAUAGUGCUACCGAUUCGAUUGGAUUAUCUCAUAGUUAGGAAUUUUCUCCCUUUAUUAUCUCAUUUGUUGUCUGUCUUGAAUUUGUCCUGUAUUCAUCUCCUUCCUCAGACGUUUCACAGACCAUCAGGGAGGUACAGCAGUCGUGUGGGAAUUACCUGUACAUAUCUCAGAGCAGAGAUAUCUGGAGGGAAUCGUUAAUCCACGGAUCUAAAUCCGGUCCAAGCCGUAAGUCAAAUGACAGAAUACUGGUGACCAGUAUAAUAUUGAACA